CUGCACAAUGGUGAAAAGUUAAAUUGCCCCUCGAUUCCUCUUGCCCCGCCGCCUCCUCCGACACCUGCAGCCGCCGGCCGCCGCCGCCGCUAACCUAGCCCGAGCGCCCAUCUCCGGCCCAAGCUCCCCCGCCUCCACCACUACCUCGGCUUUGGCCGCAUUACCGCCGCCUCCUUCCUGGCCCCACCCGGCCUCUCCCACCGCCCCGCCUCACCGCCGUCUCGCCCGCUACCUCCGUCUCGCCUGCUACCGCCGUCUGCCCGUCUCGCCCGCUACCGCCGACAGUCCGCCGUCUGCGACCCCUUUAGGUCUGGCAGCUCCCAAAGCCCAGAAACCCCGAACCCGAACCCCGCCGGUGGACUCUUCCUCCUCCGGCGUCAGCAGAUUUUUCUUCUUUUUUCCCCCUUUUCUCCCCCCAAAUUUUUCUGCUAUAAGGGGAUCAACUCGCGCUUCGACUGCAGAUUUAGUUUGCGAAUGGCCGGCCCUGGGGAUGCAGAGGGCGUGACCGCCUCCAUGGGGGAGCUAAGCGUAGAAGCAGCACCUUCAUCAAGUGGGACUGAAAUCGCCCAGCAUGCUAAUGGUGGUGAUGUUGCCGCCGCCGAAGAUGAUGACAUAUGGGAUGAUGCUUCAGAUUCUCCUGGGCAUGCUUCUAACUUAGACAGAGAAUGGAUCCACAGGCAGAACCAGUUUCAUAAGAUGGGAUAUAGGGAUGGUAUAACAGAAGGGCAGAAAGACUCUGCCCAGAAGGGCUUCAAUGUUGGGUUUAGGCAAUCUGUAAAUGUUGGCUACAAGUGGGGCCUUGUUCGCGGUGUUACCAGGUAUAUCGUGCUAGGAAUAUAUUUCUUGUACUGCCGUUCUCUUCUAACAUUCCCUCGGGUUUUAAAUUUCUUGUUCGUUUGUUGUCCUUCAAGCAGUGCACUAGCUAGCCUUCCUAACAACUUGAAGGAAAAACUUGUGCCUGAUGCCCAGUGUAGAAGAAAAUUUCUGAAUGUGCACACAUCUGUGCAAGAAAUGUCUGCGGAUGACGCACUCCAGAUGUUUGUUGAGGACAUCUGUCAGAGUAAUCAUGCUUCAGAUGACUCACAUGUAACAUCAACUGCAGAUGGAGCUACAGAAUCUAAUAGGAUCAAAAGCCUAUCAAAUGAUCUUGUGCUGUUGUUGCAUGAAUGCCCAGAUAUUAAGGUAAGUGAAGAGUUGGCAUGAGACUAGUGAACAAGUUGGCUUCGAAUUGCAACCACCAAGGAUCAACUAAGUCUGGCAGAAACGCCACUACUGAAUUCCCAGAUUACUGAAUGCCUGCCAGGGCUAUGUGUGGAUGUUGUUCAGGGAUCUAAUUUUGGAUGGAGCUGGUACUCAAAAAGCUUGAACCUCACUACCUCAGUGAUGUAGCACUCAAGUAGUUUUGAAAAGAUAUGUAAACUGUAAAUCUUGAGAUUUUAUAUGGCAAUCAUACGCUCUUUUGCUGCUGCA